UCGUGCCUCCCACGGUUCAUCGUAUUAGCCGUGUUUAGUCUGGCUUAGGCAAGCAGCACGUUAUGCAAUAAAUCCUUCCAGCACCGUGCAAUCGAGAAACGUGUGUAUCGAAGUCUGCAUUCCUGACCGCUCACCGGAAGCCUUCGUCUCGUUGCUCCCCUCAGUCUUAGCAGCCAGUCAACCAAAGUGAACUUUGAUCAAUCGAAGCGUCCGGUAAUGGCGUCUGGGAUGAAAAAGUUUGGCGACUUGAUCGGUUCCAUCGACGAGGGAACGAGCUCGGCACGAUUCAUUCUCUUCAAGGCGGAAACGGCCGAGGUGGUUUGCUUCCACCAGAAGGUACUGCGACAAAUCUACCCUCAGGAAGGAUGGGUCGAACAGGAACCACAGGAAAUACUGGCCGUUGUUCAAGAGUGCAUCGAGAAAACGAUAGAGAAGCUGCGAGAGUUGGGCGGUGAUCCGGCCAACGAUAUCGUGGCAAUCGGCGUAACGAACCAGCGUGAAACGACGAUCGUCUGGAACAAGGACACCGGCGAACCACUGUACAAUGCCAUCGUGUGGCUCGACAUGCGCACAGCAUCCACCGUCGAUCAGUUGCUCGAGACGGUACCGAACAAAACGAAGAACAAGGAUUACCUGAAGCCAAUCUGCGGUUUACCGUUGUCACCGUACUUUUCGGCCGUCAAGCUACGCUGGUUGAUGGACAAUGUGCCAAAGGUGAAGGCAGCCAUCCGGGCGGGGAACUGUCUGUUCGGAACGGUGGACACUUGGUUGAUUUGGAAUCUUACCGGAGGACCCAACGGAGGCGUGCACGUAACCGAUGUUUCCAAUGCGUCCCGAACGAUGCUGAUGAGCCUGGAAUCGCUAGAGUACGAUAAGACGUUGCUGAAGUUCUUUGACGUGCCGGUCGAAAUCCUACCCAGCAUUCGCUCUAGCUCGGAGGUGUACGGUUUGAUUUCCUUCGAACCAUUGCGCGGGAUUCCAUUGUCGGGUUGCCUAGGUGAUCAACAGUCUGCUCUUGUUGGCCAGGAGUGCUUGAUGCGGGGCAAAGCCAAAGCCACCUACGGUACGGGAUGUUUUCUGCUGUACAACACUGGGACAGCGUUGAUCGACUCAUCACAUGGACUGCUAACGACCGUUGCCUACCAGUUCGGUCCGGAUGAGCCACCGGUGUAUGCACUGGAAGGCUCCGUAGGUGUUGCUGGAGCCGCUCUCGGGUGGCUGCGUGAUAACAUGAACCUGAUGGCGAGUGUAAGCGAAUCGGAAACGUUGGCCAAAACCGUCCCAAACAAUGGCGAUGUCUACUUUGUGCCAGCAUUCAGUGGACUCUAUGCUCCGUACUGGAACCAGGAAGCACGUGGCGUUAUCUGUGGCAUUACUGAGGAUACGAAACGGGGCCACAUUGUUCGAGCAGCACUGGAAGCGAUCUGUUUUCAGGUGCGUGAUAUACUGGACGUUAUGAACAGCGAGUGCGGGGCGCCCCUAAUACGGUUAAAGGUGGACGGCGGAAUGACGAUCAACGAGGCGAUGAUGCAGUGGCAAGCCGAUCUAAUCGGGCUGGACAUACAACGGCCAACGUUCGUCGAAACGACUGCAUUGGGAGCAGCAAUGGUAGCGGGACGCGCUGUGGGCAAGUGGGAUGUCGAGAACGUGAGCGUGGAGAGCAAGUGCACCGUGUUUCGACCACAGAUCAGCGAAGACGAACGCGACAUGCGCUACAGCAAGUGGAAGAUGGCCAUCGAGCGAUCCUUUGGCUGGGAGAGCAACACACUGUGAUCGGUACGGUAGGCGACGAAGAGGACAUGGCUCAAGCUGACCUUUCUACAAAGCGGCAUCGGACAACGAGCAGCACAUUCAUUCCGCUGCCAGCUUAUAUGCGUAGUAAUAUUGGGGAUAAAUAGGGAGGAUUUAUUAUUCCGAGGUUGGGUUUUGUUUUAUGUAAUAAAUAUUGUUCAUUAUCGUGCA